AUGGAAGAACUACUACCUGUACAAGAAACACAACCAACCCAACAAUCACCAAUCACUCAAACUCAAGACACCAACAAUACCAAUAUUCAUCUAGCAGAUGAAUCAGAUAAGAAUAUGAUCUGUAGAAUGAUCUGUACUACAGGUCAAUUCUCUCCAUAUACAUUAUCAACAUUGGAUAAAGAAAUAGAUGAAAACGAUAAAAUGAUUUGGAUCUUUGGUAGAUCUCAUGAUUGUGAUUUACGAUUAGAUUCAUCAAGUAGAUUUUCAAAUAAACAUUUUCUGAUUUGGUUAAAAGCAAAAGAUAAAUCUUUAUGGAUUAGAGAUACUUCAACUAAUGGAACUUAUUUAAAUGGAACACGAAUAGUUAAAGGAAGUAAUUAUAUCUUAAAUCAAGGUGAUGAAAUCUCAAUUGGACUUGGUGUUGAACAAGAUAUUGUUAGAUUUAUUAUAUUAUUUUCUGAUGCAUAUAAUCCAAUUAAAUUAUCAACUUCUUCCAAUUCUUCGAAUGGAAUCGGGGUGGCGACAGAAGGGAUCUAUAAGGAUUUUAUAAUUCAAAAUGAAACCAUAGGACAAGGUGCAUUUGCCACUGUUAAAAAGGCAGUUGAAAGAACUACGGGGAAACCAUAUGCCGUUAAGAUCAUAAACAGAAGAAAAGCAUUGAAUACCGGUGGUGGUGGAGCUAUGGCAGGUGUAGAUCGUGAAUUGUCUAUCUUACGGAAAUUAGAUCAUCCAAAUAUCGUAUCCCUUAAAGCGUUUUAUGAAGAUAUGGAUAAUUAUUAUAUUGUUAUGGAAUUAGUCCCCGGAGGUGAUUUAAUGGAUUUUGUAGCCGCUAAUGGAGCAAUUGGAGAAGACGCUACACAAGUUAUAACUAAGCAAAUAUUAGAAGGAAUAGCAUAUGUACAUAAAUUAGGGAUAUCACAUCGAGAUUUGAAACCAGAUAAUAUUUUAAUUAUGCAAGAUGAUCCAAUAUUUGUUAAGAUUACUGAUUUUGGAUUGGCUAAAUUUAGUGAUAAUUCAACAUUUAUGAAAACUUUCUGUGGAACUUUAGCAUAUGUUGCACCAGAAAUCAUUACUGGGAAAUAUGGACUGCUGCAACAACAACUGCCUCAUGAUAAUUAUUCUUCAUUAGUGGAUAUGUGGAGUUUAGGAUGUUUGGUUUAUGUAUUAUUAACAUCUCAUUUACCAUUUAAUGGGAAAACUCAAGCACAAAUGUUUCAAAAAAUAAAACAAGGUGAAUUUCAUGAAGCUCCAUUGAAUUCAUAUGAAGUUAGUCAAGAUGCAAGGGAUUUCUUAAGUUGUUGUCUACAAGUAAAUCCUCGAUUACGUAUCACUCCACAAGAAGCCCUUAAUCAUAAAUGGUUACAAGAUAUUUAUUCUCAAGAAGAUUCCGCUGGACCACAAACUCAACCCAAAUCCUUAAGUCUAUCACAAUCACAAUCUCAACAAUCAAGAAAGAUCGAUAACGGAAUACCUAUAGAUACAUCCAUGAGUAAAAUAGAUGAAGAUAUAAUGUUGAGACCUUUGGAUAGUGAACGGAAUAGAAAGAAUAAAAAUCGAACUAACAGUAGUCAUGAUUUUAAAGUACCUAAACGUGUUGUUCCACUACCUCAACAACAACAUCCAUUUACUCAACCACCAAGACAAUAUGGAAAACAUCCAGCUGCACUUGAUGAAAUUAGUCUAAAUCGGAGUUUUAAACGUACGAAAAUAUCCCAAACUCAACUUCCAAUUCCAUCACCGGGUUUUACAUCACUUCUGGGCAUUUCCGAAGAAAAAUCAAGUAUUCUACAAGAAUCAGGUCCGAUUUUGACAUUAGAACCAAUUAUGGAUUCAUUAUAUAGACGACGGAUCCAAAUCGGGGGUGGGACUAAUGGAGUUUCGAUUGGUCGUGGGGAGAAUUGUGAUUAUUAUAUUAAUGAUGAUCGAAUGUCGAAGUUUCAUUGUUUGAUAUAUAGAGAUAAUGAACCAAAUCAAUCGUUUUGGUUAUUGGAUGUGAGUACGAAUAGUUGUACUGUGAACGAUACUAUCAUUGGGAAGUUCAAGAAGGUGAAAUUACGAGGUGGAAGUGUUUUGUAUUUGUUUAAGGAUCUUGAUGGCGGGGAGAGAAUUGGGUUUAAGGUUGUAAUUGACGGUGGUGAUGAUGAGGAGGGGGAGGACGAUGAGGAACAAGAAGAGACAAAUGGCAGGGGGGAGAUUGUUGUGAUUGAUCAGGAUGCAUUUGAUGAAGAAAUGGUAGGCAAGGUUGCCAAACAUGUUAGUAAGAUGUAG